AUGGUCAAGGUCAAAUCUCUUUUCAAGCUGCGAGGCUUUCGGAAACCAAGCAAGUCUGAGUUUCCCAAACUCUGCAAGACGUGUCGGAAUAUCGACUUCAAGAAAUAUCUCAUCUACGACGAUGAGACAUCCGUUGAAGCAACAAAAGCAGCCAUCAAGCUCGGCUAUCUCGACGACCUGAUUCAGCGGUCCUCAUCAUGCCCACUUUGUGCUCUCAUCGUCGAUUGCGCCAAGCGCCGCAAUGACGGCGAACAACCACCUGUCGUGUAUAAAAAGAAGCGAGUGAAAGUAUCGACGUGUAGAAAGUUCAUAUGCAGAGUUUAUGGCGAGGGCGAUCAGUCCGCCAUUGUUCAACGAAUGGUGCUGGAAUUCGAGCCUGCUAUCUUCGGAUACUUUUCACACAUCAGAUUUCAAUUAUCUACUCCGAACGAGGAAGUUUCUGGAUUCGGACGUCAGAUGAAACCGAUCAUUGACAUGGCUCGGCUCAAAGGAUGGCUGAGUGAUUGCGAGGUAAGGCACGGUAAUCAAUGCCAUGCUCCCAGCUGGCUUGGAGAGCAGAAACAACCUCGAUUCCUCAGAGUCAUCGACACUGAGAAAAAGUGUGUUGUUCAUGCACCAUCAGAAUGUCGCUAUGUAGCUUUGAGCUACGUCUGGGGAAAUCGCAAAAAGAUGCAAUCACGUCUUUGGCUAAGUACGAAAGCCACUAAAGAUAAGCUUGAGAGGGAAGGUGGUUUGGAUGUGAAAUCACUACCGAAGACUAUAUUCGAUGCUCUUCAUCUACUCUCGGAGAUGGGAGAGCGCUAUUUAUGGGCGGAUGCGCUCUGCAUUGUUCAGGAUGACGACACGGAAUUGGCUGAGCAGACUUCCCAGAUGGAUUUGGUCUAUGCUAGGGCAGUGUUUACAAUUAUUGUUGCAUCGGGGACGAAUGCUAAUGCAGGGCUACCGGGACUACAUGCGAACACAAGAUCUGCUCUUCAGGGUUCUAUAAGAAUAGAUGACAAAUACUCGUUGACACAAACAGUGGCUCAAGGCAAUGCCACCCAUCUAGCACAGUCAACAUGGAACUCGCGAGGCUGGACAUUCCAAGAAAGGCUACUCUCACGGCGAGUGCUCAUCUUCACUCCCGAACAAGUCUUCUGGAAUUGUGAAUCAGCAGUGUGCUGCGAAGAAACCACAUUAGAGCGAUUUGAGGAUAUUUCUGUCCUCCCUCAAGCCUUAGACUGUCACGAUGAAUGGGAGGAUAAACCCGACAAGUUUAGUAGGGAUUCUCUUAGGACCUAUAUAAUUCAAUAUUCUGGUCGAGACUUCACCUAUCAGAGUGACGCUCUCGCUGCAUUCUCAGGAAUAUUGAGGAGAAUGGAAUACGAGAAUAAGGAAUCCUAUCACUGGGGACUUCCUCACACAAGAUUCGACCAAGCAUUGUCCUGGGAUGGCGGCGCUAAACUCAGAGACGCGCUUUGUCGUCUUACUGCUGAAGAUGGCUCUGUUCAUCAAGUCCCCUUCCCCACCUGGUCUUGGCUAGGAUGGACAGGCUUCAUCAGCGGUCCUAUGUACAAUGAGACCGUUCAUGCACACACCUUGAACGGAACCUCGAAGUCCGAACUUCAGUUCUACAAGGUUGGUCUACACAACGAUAUCCAGCUAAUACAAGGCCCUGAUCCUGACUCAACCCCACCAACGCGUCGCUAUCCCAAGAACGACGAGCAAAAAUAUUUUCCUCUUCGAUCGAGAUGGAAAGGCGAAACCUCAAUUGAGAACAUUUCACCAGGUCUAUUGGCCCAACCAUUUAUAGACACAGGCCGACUAACUUUUUGGACAAGUCAUGCCCGUAUCAUGACACGAUAUGAUGAGACGUCACACGAGAUUUCCAUCGUUAUCAAAGGCAAAAAAAUAAACGUGCCUACUUCUGGAAGUCUAUUUCAACGACACUUUGAGACCCGGCGCCGGGCAAAGAUUAUAUCGAUAAUGCAAACUAGUCAGAAACGCCCAUUAGACUUCAUUGUUGUUGGGAGGUUCGCUGAGAUAGAGAGGUUGGAGAUGGAGAAGUUGAAUGUGUUAAUUGUGGAAUGGGAUGAGGAUGAGAAGGAGAGAAAUGUUGCACGAAUGACCGGGACUGCUGUUAUCGAAGAGAAAGAUUGGGUGGAGGCUGAGAGGGAAUGGAAGCUGGUGAUACUCAAAUAA